AUGGCAUGUAUAAGAACCACUGGUGCUUUUGUAGCAGCCAUUUCUGUGUCCAUGGCAGUGGUCUCUUACUUUCUAUGCAAUUACAGGUCCAAGAGAAAGACCCCUUUGUCCCUUUCAAAGAAUAAAAAACCAGGAAACGGACUCAUUGAUGCUGUUGGUAAAACUCCCUUAAUUAGAAUUAAUAGCCUCUCUGAAGCUACUGGUUGUGAAAUUCUUGGGAAGUGCGAAUUUCUGAAUCCAGGAGGGAGUGUGAAAGAUAGAGUUGCUGUGAAAAUAAUUGAAGAGGCACUGGAAUCUGGCCAGCUAGUUUGUGGAGGAGUUGUUACUGAGGGAAGUGCUGGAAGCACUGCAAUUAGCCUGGCUACAGUUGCUCCUGCUUAUGGAUGCAAAUGCCAUGUUGUUAUCCCAGAUGAUGUUGCAAUAGAGAAGUCUCAAAUUCUCGAAGCUCUGGGAGCUACUGUUGAAAGAGUGCGACCGGUUUCAAUUGCACACAGAGACCACUAUGUCAACAUUGCUAGGAGACGGGCACUAGAAGCUAAUGAAUUAGCAUCAAAGCUUAGAAAAGCUGAACAGAAUGAUGGCAAACACUUGGAGCAAAUUAACAGUUACAUAUCUGAUGGAGAGAAAAAAGGUUCUGUUUUUUCAAGUUACUGUAAUGGUGGUUUUUUUGCUGAUCAGUUUGAAAACUUGGCAAAUUUCCGGGCCCACUAUCAGGGCACUGGACCUGAGAUAUGGGAACAAACUAGUGGUAGUUUAGAUUCGUUUGUGGCAGCUGCAGGCACGGGCGGUACUGUAGCUGGUAUUUCUAGUUUUCUCCAGGAAAAGAAUCCAAACAUCAAGUGCUUCCUCAUAGAUCCGCCUGGUUCUGGUUUGUUCAAUAAAGUAACAAGGGGGGUGAUGUACACGAGAGAGGAAGCUGAAGGAAAAAGGCUAAAGAACCCAUUUGACACUAUAACGGAAGGAAUUGGAAUCAAUAGAUUAACACAAAAUUUUAAAAUGGCAAAACUUGACGGAGCCUUCAGAGGCACAGAUAAAGAGGCUGUUGAAAUGUCAAGGUAUCUUUUGAAAAACGAUGGCCUCUUUCUGGGGAGUUCUUCAGCCAUGAACUGUGUUGGAGCUGUUAAAGUGGCAAAGUCACUUGGCCCUGGUCACACAAUUGUGACCAUUCUGUGCGAUAGUGGAAUGAGGCAUCUGAGUAAGUUUUAUGAUGCUCACUAUCUGUCUCAGCAUGGUUUGACAGCCACAGCAACUGGAUUAGAGUUCCUUGAUAUCCAAUGA